GCAAGCCCCAGAUGGGUGCUUUAUGCGAAGACAGACUGGUCGACUGACCGUCGGCCGUAAAAGGAGUCUCAGACUCAGCUGAAUCGAGACAGUUGAGUUCUAGCAAUCACCGGCAGCAGUUUGCAUUUUUGAAUAGUAGAAAAGUGUUUACAAUGGAGGGAGCGUUACGUGAUGGAUUGGUGGUAGGAUUGGGCAAUCCACUCCUUGACAUUUCCGCAAAUGUUAGUGUAGAUUUUCUGCCGAAGUAUGGCAUGAAACCUAAUAAUGCUAUUUUAGCAGAAGAGAAACAUAAGCCUCUGUACGAUGAAAUGGUUGAGAAGUACAACGUGGAAUACAUUCCCGGCGGUGCAACACUGAAUGCCUUGAGAGUGGCGCAGUGGAUUUUGAAACGGCAAAAUGUAACUGUAUUCAUGGGUUGUGUUGGUCGAGACAAGUACAGCAAAAUCAUGGAAGAGAAAACAAGAAGUGAUGGAGUGAACGUACAAUUUCAAUACACCGACAAGGAACCUACAGGAACAUGUGCUGUACUUGUCACCAAUAAUGGUAAUGAUCGCUCACUCUGUGCUAAUCUUGCAGCAGCCAACUGUUUUACGAUCGAUCACAUACACAAACCAGAAAACAAACUGUACAUAGAAAACGCGAAAUUCUUCUAUAUUUCUGGUUUCUUCCUUACGGUGAGUCCACCAUCCAUUAUGGAAGUUGCAAAUCAUGCUCUGAAACACGACUGUCCAUUCAUGAUGAAUCUCAGUGCUCCAUUCCUGUCUCAGUUUUUUAAGGAACCGAUGAUGCAGGCAAUGCCAUAUGUGGAUAUCCUCAUUGGGAAUGAAACUGAAGCAGCAGCAUUUGCAAGGGCACAAGGCUUCGGAACAGAUGACCUUAUGGAGAUAGCACUGAAAAUAACACAGUUGCCAAAGAAGAACUCCAAAAGGCCAAGGAUCGCAAUUAUUACACAUGGACCGAAUCCAGUUCUCCUUGCUAAAGAUGGUAUAGUGAAUGAAUUCCCUGUUAUCAAAUUACUGCCGGAGAAAAUUGUAGAUACUAACGGAGCUGGAGAUGCCUUUGCUGGGGGGUUUCUUGCACAACUCGUAAUGGGCAAACCUUUAGAGACUUGUAUCCGAUGUGGGAUCUGGGCUGCCACAGAGAUCAUCCAGCAGUCUGGCUGUACUUACGAGGGCCCAGCCACUUUCUCGGAGUAGGCUGGAGUGUCAUGCUAUCAGUUGGUCAACAGCUGUGCCUUGUUUGAAAAGAAAAAUGUUGGCUGAGACUGACCAUUCAACAAGACAUGGACUCUGUGUAAUGGAGUUGUGUCCUUUUCUUCCUAAUCCCUUUAUUGCUUUGUCCACAUAUUAACCCAGUGAAUAUUAUGCAUUGUUGUGAAAUAUUUAACAUUGGCCAUACAUAUUCUGAUGAAGAAAGGAUAUUGCAGAUAAGUGUUUAAAGUGUUGGAAAUUGCUAACAUGCUUAUUAAUGUAAGCUAUGUCAGUGAUAUGCCAUUCUUUGUGUCACAAAUUCUGUUUGUCUUGGCAUGUGGACGUUUCAGACCCUUCAUACAGAACUCUGUACUAGACAGACGAAAUGCCUGCACUGCUUCAUUCACGCCUGUUAUUCUUUCUUCUCCCCAAUUUUUUUUUUUAUUGCUAGUGGGGUGGGACUAUGUCCUUUGUACUGCGGCCACUUCUGGCCUAUUUG